AAGUAAAGUAGCCUUCAGAUGUCAGUGUAGACGGGGGAGGAGAGAGGGGAGGCAGGGCGGUCGAAGAACAUACUUUUACGCAGUCAAGCUCUGUCCGGCCUAGAGGCUCACCUGUGCGGCGAAAAACAUGAGCCAUCCAAGUGGGAAAGAUGCCUCCGACACAACCGAGAGUAAACCUAAAUCGCCCAUGCUCUCAUACUGCAUCGAAAGCAUACUCGGCCGAAGAAGUCCUCUCAAAGUCAGACUCACAGGAAUGCAAAGUUUACCCAUGCUGGCUGGGAGAGUGGAGCAUAAUGCGUCUUUGGAAGGUAAUAUGUUGUUGGUUGACUUUCUCUGUAACACUUUGCACCCUACCUUGGGAGUAAUAUGCAAUUAAAUAAUAGGACACAUAUCCAAAUGUAAAUUGAUUUGCAGCUAAAUUUGCAUUAUUUGCGUAUUUAAAGUGUAUUCAAAGAAUGGUUAAGAUAUAGCCAGUGCUUGACUUGGACUGAAAUAGGUUCCGGUAGUGAUUUUGGGUGACGGUACUGUUUAUACAUUAUUUAGGUGCAGGAGCUCCACAAUACUUUUGAGCUAAUAUUCUAUAAGAGGAACAGGAUCUCAAGCAGUAAAACAUGUGAGGUGCCGGUAGGCCUACUCUGCUCUGGUGAGCUCCUGCCAAAGUCAAGCACUGGAUAUAGCGUUCAAAAUGCAAACGAAAAAAUAACAUGAGAAACAAAAAAAGUAAGUUUUGAGUUUUCGGCUGAAAAUCUAUGCAGCCUGAACGUGACAUUUAUAUUUUCAGGGGAUAGUGAGCGUAUUAAAAUAACAUGGUUUUUAAUUCAUGUGGCGAAUGGCCUUUGCGUUUAACGUAAAUUUCAUUAGGCCCGCCUAGGGUUUUUUAGAGAAGAAUAUCCUAUACACAACCUAGCCUUAUAAAAAGGGCUACAUACUAAUAUUGUUAAACAUAUUGCAUAUUGCGCUGUAAUUGAUAAGUUCCUUAAAAUAAACCGUCUCUCUUCGCAGUCUCUCGUAAAGAUGCGGACAUGCACCUGCCCACCAAGUUGCGGCGUCUAUAUGGCCCAGGGGGAAAGUUCAUGGACUCCAGUCGCGGAAUUCGCGAGCUUGAGGAGCAAGAAGACAGGCAGCGUCCUCUAGACAAAGUCUACGAAAAUCUGAAAAUCACUCAGGCGCCACAAGUUAGCAUCAGCCGCAGUAAAUCAUACAGGGAGAACGCGUCCCAAAGUCAGAGCGAGGAAGAACAGAACCUCGGGCGAGGGAAAGAGGAGCAGGGGGAACUAGGCGCCCCAAAGUUCGAGGACACUGGCAAGGAGCGCAUCUGCGAAGACGUAGAAAUGUCCCCAAAGAACGGGGAGAGUCUGCACAUCAAUGGAGAUGUAAAAGACGGAGAGGACAACUUGUGCCUUUCAGCUGGCAGUGACUCAGACGAGGGGAUGCUAAAGCGAAAACAGAGGAGAUACAGGACUACGUUUACAAGUUAUCAGCUUGAGGAGCUGGAGAGAGCUUUCCAAAAGACGCACUACCCUGAUGUGUUCACGAGGUAGAAUUCUCAUGUGCCAGCACUUUUUUUGAUCAGUUAUUUUAACACUAUGAAAAUGUGAAUCUGUUGCAUAUAUGCCUAGGCCUAUGGUCAUGAAAAGAAAAGUAAAAUGGAGUUUCAGUUUGUGAUAAUCCAAAUAGGAAGUCUAGAGAUGUGAUUCGAAAGUUAGCCUUUUUAAUGGUAAAUCCUUGCAUUGAGGUGAUCGACAUAUACAUGAACAUUGUUUGGCUAAGAAAUGUAAGAAUAUCAAACAUUUAUUAUCAUUAAUAGUACUAUAAGAACAGUAAUAUUAUUCAUUAAAUUAUUUGUAUGAACUAUAAAAACAGCCAUAUUACGCAUUAUUAGCCUUUUGUUAUUAACUAUUAGCCUUUGUUAUUAUUAAUAAUAACAAAGACUAAUAAUGCGUAAUAUGACUGUUUUAUAAAAGUUGUAUUAAUAAUAAUAAUAAUACAUGUUGUACACUGUAAUUCACACAUAACAAAACGAAAUAUUAAAAGAUGUGUGCGCAAGGAAUAGAAUACCAAUGAAAUAUAGAGUAGGCUAUUAUAUUGGUUUAGAUAUUAUAUUGGUUUAAACCCAUUGUAAUGAUGAUCUGACAGUGACACACUCGUAUUCAUUUUCAUUAUUAUUAAAUAUAAUUGUGAAUUAUUGUGAUUUUUUAUUAUUGAUAAUUGUGGUUGCAAAAAAAUAUUUUCAAAAAAUAUUGUUCGAAAAUGUUUACAUUCUUGAGAUGUCAAUUGAAGUUGGCUGCUGCAGAUAGAAAGGUUUGCUAAAUGGUGGAGCUAUUUGUUGGCAUACUUGCAACAUAUUUGUGAGACAGGAUAUCUAUUGACUCAAACAGAUUUAAUAGCUAUUCAUUUUCAUUGUUUAUUUUCAUUAUAAGAAGCCUACACACAAAGUAGGCUAACGAUAUUUCAUAUUUUAUAUCAUGUACUUUCUAUUGUAUCUUUAGGCUUUUAUUAUUGUCAUCAUUGGAUUUAUAUGUGUAAAGCUAUGAUGAUAACUGAAUAUUAUUUGCCUUUUUUUCUUCUGUCAAUUUAGGGAGGAGUUAGCGAUGCAAUUGAAUCUCACCGAGGCGCGUGUGCAAGUGAGCGUAAAUUAUUAUUAGUUCAUACUUUACAUCAUUAUGACCAUAUUUAAUUUCGAUAAACAUGCAACCACAUUAUAGCAUAUCCUAUAAUAAUGUUAAUUAUAAUACAAUUGUAUAGGCUAUAAUAUACCUAAUUGCAUAUUAUUGUUAUAAUAAUAAUAAUAAUAAUAAUAAUAAUAAUAAUAUAAUAAUAAUAAUAAUAAUAAUUAUUAUUAUUAUAAUUACAUUAAGUAAUACAGUUCACUUUAGACAGUAAGAGAGGAACAUUAUUUUUAAAAACACACCAGAAAACGGAAUUUGCUUCAGGCCGUUCAUUACUUUAUCGUUGACUUAAUAACAGCUCAAACAGAGCGAGUAUUGACGAAAGUGGCAUCCUCGCAUAGCGGUGGCGGGGUAAUGCUGUUUGAUUUUCCAUCUUCAUUUUGUAAUAGUCAUGUAUUGAUCUGAUGAUAUCUCGCACUUCAAGGAGAUAGACGCCAUUAUAGGUGCUAGAUACCCCUACCAUCCUCAUUUAGGACAUUGCUUACAUUUUGAAACUCGAGUCUCAACCUUAGAUACCAGACUACGCAUUCAACGCCCCAGAUGUCACACGCUUCAGCUGUAGAUGAGCAAAUCAUUCUUUGGAGAGGUGAUAAAACCUUGUAAAUUCCGUGUGUUUCGUUUUAUAACCAGUGUCAAGUCUGUAUGGGAGGGGAAUCCUCCCUCUCUGUUCUCUUCACUGUCGCCAAUAAUUUGUUUACUUUCAAUUUGAACAAAACAUGCUUUAUUGUCAUGUCCAAAUUACAAUUUCAAUAAGUAACAAAAACCAAAUAGAGAACUGUUAUCCAACAUUUUGAAAUACUAACACUAACCCCAUAACCCUAACCCCAUAACCCUAACCCCAUAACUCUAACCCCAUAACCGUAACCCCAUAACCCUAACCCCAUAACUCUAACCCCAUAACCCUAACCCCAUAACCCUAACCCCAUAACUCUAACCCCAUAACUCUAACCCCAACGCUAGGCCUCAUGCUCUUCCUCUUCCUCUUCCUCCCUCUUUCUAAGGUGUGGUUCCAGAACCGCCGAGCUAAGUGGCGGAAAAGAGAGAAAUCUGGGGGUCAGACUCACCCCCCGGGCCACCCCAUCUCUGGACCCCUGGGUGCAGCACACCACCUAAGCCACUACUUGGAGGGAAGUCCUUUCGCGCCCCACUCUCACCCCUCCCUGGAGUGUGCCUGGACAGCUGCUACCACCUCGUUCCAGGGUCUGACCCACCCCUUCACCAGUUCUUCCUCCCCCUUGGGAUUUGGCCCCUUCAUGGGAGCAGCCAUGUUUAGACACCCCACCUUCAUUAACCCCUCCUUUGGAAGGUGAGCACCGUCAACAACUCUAUUAGUAAGGCUGCAUCUGAUUGAAGUGGUUACUUUGGAAUGUAUGUCUAAUUAAUCAUUUCUCCUUCCCUGACAACUUCUGUAUCUAUCUCUCUUCCAACCUUCCCUAUCGCUCUUCUUCUGUCGGCAGACUCUUCUCCAGCAUGGGUCCCCUGACACUCUUACGCCAGCCCAUACCUGCAGUAGAGGCCCCAGUCCAGCCCCCGACGGCCUUGUCAGAGCCCUCCCCCUCCUCGCCUGUGGACCGCCGGGCCUCCAGCAUCGCAGCACUGCGGCUCAAAGCUAAAGAGCAUUCCGCUCAGCUGACACAACUCAACAUCCUACCUUCCAGCACCACUGGGAAGGAGGUGUGUUGAGAGACAUCAAACCCUCUCCAAUUCCCCCUACAUGGAGCAGGAGUCAUCACCAAAGGAAUAGCAGCUUUGAAGUGGUAGGAUAUAGCACAACAAGGCCUCAUCUAAACUCCUCCCCAGUUAGUUGUCCCAAUGUUCUGUUACUCCACACUCUCCACAACAUGCUUUCCUCACGAACUGAAGAAGAGAGAAGAAAUACAAAUAGUGAACUCCCUGCCCUUUGACCCUCAGGAAUGACCCGUUAGCAGCCUCUCACAGGGUGCUAC